AUGACCAGCAGCACGGGCAGUCUCAGCACAUCUGCCAUCAUCGUCAUCGUCAUUGUCGCCUGCCUCGCCCUCGUCUCGCUGGGCGCCGCCCUCUUCAAAACCUACGGCGGACCCGACAAGGAACGGCCCUACAACUUCUCUCGCGAGCAGGAAUCCUACAUGCGCACUGUGCGCUUAAAGAAUUUGGGCAUCUUUCAGCGCGAGUCGAUGGUGGGGUAUCCCGGCGGGGGCAGUGGGAAGGGCCCCGCGCCGCCGGUCGUUCGCGAUGUCGAGUCGGGGUACUCGGAGAAUGAUUCGUCGCAUUACUAG